AUGCAUUCAAACGAUCCAAAAUUGGAACUUUCAUACAUUUAUCACUUCAGCGUCAACGCCAACCACUUCCCAGCUAAGUUGUGGAUACUGGUGAACGAUCCCCGCAUCAAGUCCAUCUACUGGGACGAGGCGGGGGAGGAAGUGGUGAUCGUACAGAGCCAGUUCAAGGACGAAGUCUUGGAGAAUCGCCAACUGGACGUCUUCAACACUGCCAACUGGGACAGCUUCGUCAGGCAACUCAACCUCUAUCAGUUCAAGAAGAACAUCAUGGCAGCCAGACAUGAGGGCAACAAAGACAUCCAUCGAUUCCGAAACAGGUACUUCAGCAAAAGCCAGCCAGACCUGACUAUGGUGAGGAGGCAGAAGAAGAGGAAGAGGCCUGACAGUGCAGGUCCCGAGGACACACCCAAUAAGGAGAAUUACCCACCAAAUCGUUUCUCCACUCCCAUCACCCAGGGCCCCAACAGGCUCCCCGUCCAAACCUACAACUACAGCCCGUAUGCCACACAGGCAUUCGACUACAGCGGCAUCCAAGCAACACCUAGCACCAUGGACAGGAACGACUCUGGGAACCAAGGGGAUGCAAAGGUCGUGGUGGAGUUCAUUGACGAGAAGCAACAAGAGUUCUUGCAGGCCAUCAAGGCCAUCGCCAGUGUGACUGACUUCCAUCCCAAGACAACAGAGACUAACAUGAUCAUCUCCGGGGACAUCGCCAUCAAGGUGGAAGGAAACAACACAGUGAACGACUCUGGAGUGUGGGACGUCAAGGACAGCAUGUCUGACACUGGCUCUCCCCCUGAAAAUGCCAUCCUUGCAACCAUUAGUGGUCCAAGCUCUACUGUGCUUCCCACUGCCCAGUCCAUUGUCCAGUCGGGACAAAACCAGGUUGCUGAUGGGAGUUUCAUCACUCAUGCCUCAGAAGCCACUACUGCUUCCAGUAAAGAGAACUGUGUGAUGUCUGAGUCUCCUCUUGUUGUCACCUCGUCAGAAAAUCCAACAUCCUUCACCCUAGUGCCUACCUCAGAUGUUACUGCUAGUGCCACAACUGCCUCUGCCCCAGUCCAGGAAACUUGUAUCACUGCCAUCAAGUUUGUGGAGGACGACGUUAAGAAGGCUGAUGCUGAUGUGGACAACACUACCACUGACAUCAACAACACAGUUGCUCCUAACAUUACAGCAGUCACUACUGGCUCCAGUGGUGGCAACCAAGUAGUCUACCAAGUAAGCGCCAUAUACGAGUACAACACUGAUGCUUCCAAUGACACAAAAGCGAGCGGAGCAGCUGAAGCAGCAUCUACAAUUGGCAACCUGGGUGAAUCGUUCAGCCAAUGGGUUGAUGUGCAGCAGCAGCAAGACGUACAUCACUUGCCACAACCUGAAGAGCCAACUUCCCAGUAA